CAAAAAGAACUCAAGCAUAUUUGAAAUCUCAGUGUGUCUCCUAAGCUCUUGGAACUAGGUUUACUAUUUAAUAUGAUUACCUGGAUUGUUUUAUUCACUAUCUUAACAGUGGGAUGGGCUCAACAGAAACCAAAGGAUAACAUUUGCAAAAAGGAUUACGGCCUUUAUCCACACGAUCAAUAUUGCGAUUAUUAUUAUGAAUGUAUUGAUGGAGUGGCAACAUUGCAAGCAUGCCCAAAUGGUUUGGCAUUUUCCGGAAAGGGCAGAGGAUUGUUAAGUAACUGCGAUUACCCUCAUAGAGUGCAUUGUCCUGAUAAUGACGGAAGAACCAUGGGUCAAACUCCAUCCGGAAGCGAUAAUUGCAACUGGUUAUACGGUGUUUUCCCUCAUCAGACAAGUUGCACCAGGUAUUGGCAAUGUUGGAACGGUACAGCAACCAUUCAGCAAUGUCCAUUUUCUCUACUUUACAAUGACGUUCUGCACUCUUGCGAUUGGCCGGAUAACGUUCCCGAUUGUCAAAAGCACCCAAUAUGUAAGGAUACCGGUAAUGGACACGUGGCCAUCGAAAAAUCAUGCGUGAGGUUUUGGUUAUGUGUAGGAGGAUAUCCAAGACUUCAACGUUGUCCAGCAGGUUUGGCAUUCAACCCUACUAGUGCUCGUUGCGAAUUGGCCGACAAUGUUCCAGGAUGCGAGCCACCACCGACAUCUCCUCAACCCGAUGACGAAGAAGAAAACGUAGCUGCACCCCCUCCAAGAAGUGGACAGCAGCAACAACAACAACCGCAACAAAAUCAAGCAAGACAAGCUCAAGGAACACAAGAGCAACCAAAUUUUAGGCCCCAGCAAUUUAGACCAUCAGGAAAAUGAAAUAAUUCAGAUGGUAAAUUGUGAUGACCAUUAUAUAUGUUUUUGUCCCAAUUGAUAUCUGGGAAUUUUUAAAGAAUUUUUUAUUAUUUUUUACGUUUUAUACCAGCACUAUGCACUGUAAAAUUUUUUUACAUAAACAUAAUUCCGUACGUUUUACUUGAAAAAAAAUCACUGAUAAUUCGCAUCAUCUAAAUCGAUAAUCUACGUGAUAUUACAGAAAUAACAAUUAUUUUUUUACCAUCGGGUUAAGGUUUGAAUAACUGUAUUUGAUAACCAUUUAUGUCUCUAAAAUAUCAUUUAAUCAUUUAUAAAUGUUUGAUUUUCAAACAAAAUCAUCUUUCUUUUAGCCUCAUUUUUUUUUACAAUUUUUAAAAUGUCUUCAAUGUAAAGAAGAUACAUUUAUAUAUACAUAUAUAGAAAAUAUUAGAAGCCGAAUACUUCGAGCAUUGACAGUAUUAAUUGUCCAUUUACCAAAUGUCCAUCUGACAGACAACUGCUGGGAACUUUCACCUCGUAAAAUGGCUGUGUAAAUAAAAUGAACGAAUAUUCACAUUUUUGGUUUUUGUUUUCUUUAAAUAAAAUAUACACAUGACCUAAUUAACUCGUGGACUGGCUGGGGCCUCGCCUUCUUAGAGGUCUCACUUUACUGCUCUU